AGUGCAGCCUGCUCAUUAAUAUCUGUCUGACACCAGCACCACCACCGCCCCCUCCUGCCACGCCACACCGCCCCGGCAUCGCAUCGGCUCCCUGGCUGUCGCAUCACCGAGCGGGGAGGGGCCGCGGUUUCCACUAUUGGCUGGUACUGUAUUACCGACAGCUUUACGGUAAGGCCACGGCCAGAGAGGAUGUGCGUGAGCGGUGGUCUUUUCAUCUCCCUGAAGCGCAGAAUCUGCUGGGUUUCAACAUGAUUUUAAGAGGACUUUAGCGUUUCUCCCCCACACACACUGUUUUCUUCAGCAUACAACCUCUGAACCCCGCGCUGCUUAAACCGAAAGGAGAUGCGCCCAGAUAAACGCGGAUACAUCGUCCGGACACCGCGAGAGGAGGAGUGGAGCAUGUAACCGGGAGAAACGCACCGGCGGCUGCGGCAGCACCACCACCUGACACUUCCCUCUCUCGCUGCUUAUUUUCUCAUAAUUUUAGGCUCCUUGAUGUGUUGACUUCACUCUUCUCGUUGAUUUGGAUAUCACAUUCAGCAAAAUGAGCGAAGAAGUGUCAGAGGUCCCCAAAGAGCUCCUGGAGAGUGUUAGGGAUGCUGUGGGGAGGAAGGUGAAGCUGUCGCUGAGGAAGAGAGUCAAACUGGAGAUCAAAGGAGACAAGACGGAGAACAGAGUCUUGGCCCUUGCAUCUCACCGAGCCUACCUCUUGACGGCACGCAUUCCCACCAAGGUGGAGCACUCCUUUAAUUAUCUGGAGAUCCAGGGGAUUGCUUGUAACAAGCCUACACAGCUGUUCAUAGAGUACGAGCGUGGCUCCUUCUCUCUGAAGCUGCUCUCUACAGAGGAGGUCAACGAGGUGGUCGCUCACAUUGGAAACUGUCUGCUGAGGAUAUGUCCCGGUCUGCCACCUAGUAAAGUGAUGAAGAAACUCUGCAUGGAGCCUCCAGACAGGCUGACCUCUCUGCAGACUCUGUGGGAGAACAACAAGCCUGCUGAACCUGGACCCUGUGGUGGGUUUUCUCAGAUGUACAGAUGUGUUUGUGACUGGUUAGGGCUGCCUCACAGAGAAGAGGUGCAAUGGGACGUGGACACUAUCUAUUUGACACAAGACACCAGAGAACUCAACCUGCAGGACUUCAGCCAUCUGGAGAACAGGGAUCUGGUGGCUAUUAUAGCAGUCCUGGAGUUUAACCAAUGGUUCACCAAGCUCUCCACCAAGGACUACAAACUGUCUGCAGAUGUGUGCGAGCAGAUCCUUCGGGUAGUGUCUCGCUCCAGUCGACUGGAAGAGUUGGUUCUGGACAACGCAGGUCUCAAAACGGAUUUUGCCCAGAAGCUAGCUGCUGCUCUGGCUCAUAACCCCAGCUCAGGACUCACCACCAUUAAUCUUGCCAACAACCCACUGGAGGACAGAGGUAUCUCCUCCCUGGGUGCUCAGUUUGCCAAACUUCGUAUGGGGCUCAAGCAUUUAAACUUCUCCAAAACCUCACUAUCACCCAAAGGGGUGAACAGCCUUUGCCAGUCACUGAGUGCCAGCCCGUCCAUCCCCAGCAGCCUGGUCCAUCUGGACCUCUCAGGGAAUGUCCUCAGAGGAGACGACAUGCAGCAUUUCUACCACUUCCUUGGUCAACCCAACAACCUGGCAACCCUCGACCUCUCCAACACUGACUGUUCAUUGGACCAGGUUUGCUCUGCUCUGCUCCGAGGCUCGGUCCAACACCUCUCUGUUCUUAACGUAUCAAAGAGUGUCUUCCCUCACAGGAAAGGCAAAGAGGUGCCUCCGUCAUUUAAGCACUUCUUCAGCAGUGCCAUGUCUCUCAGCUCCAUCAAUGUGUCAGGAACCAAGCUGCCGCCAGAGGCCCUCAAGGCUCUCCUGCUUGGCCUGGCCAGUAACAUCAAUCUGAAGGACGUGUCUCUAGACCUCAGCUGCUGUGAGCUUGGCCAUUGUUUGCGGUCAGGAGGUUCUCAGAUCCUUGAAGGUUGUAUUGCCGAGAUCCCAAACAUCUCCAGCCUAGACAUCUCUGACAACGGCCUGGACUCAGACCUGUCCACUCUACUGGUUUGGUUGGCCAAGAACCGAUCCAUCAGACAUCUGUCUCUGGGCAAGAACUUCAACAACAUCAAGUCCAAAAACCUUGCUCCAGUGUUGGACAGCCUGGUCCAUAUGAUUCAGGAAGAGGAGUCGCCCCUCACCUCUCUGUCUCUAGCAGACUCCAGACUAAAGAGUGAUCUGACCAUUGUUCUGAACGCCCUUGGCAGCAACUCCUCACUCACCAGGUUAGACAUCAGCGGGAACGCCAUGGGGGACAUGGGAGCCAAGAUGCUGGCCAAGGCGCUACAGAUCAACUCCAAACUCAGGACUGUGAUCUGGGAUAAGAACAACACCAGCCCUCAGGGUCUUCAGGAUGUAGCAGCUGCUCUGGAAAAGAACUUCACCAUUCGUUUCAUGCCCAUCCCCAUCAUCGAUGCCUCCCAGGCACUGAAGGCCAGCCCUGAGAAAACAGAAGACGCCUUGUUAAAGAUUGAGAAUUAUCUGUACAGGAACCAUGAAACCAGAAAAUACCUACAGGAACAGGCCUAUCGGCUGCAGCAGGGCAUCGUAACCACAACCACACAACAGAUGAUUGACAGGAUUUGUGUGAAGGUGCAGGACCACCUGAAUUCUCUGAGGAACUCAGAGACAGAUGCCAUCUUGGAGGACGUCAGGUCAGCAGAGAACCUCAUCAAAGAUGCCAGGAACUCUAAAACGCUGCUCCCUAACCUCUACCACCUAGGAUCGGCUGCAAGAGAGGAGUUGAGUAGCUCAUCAGUGGGACCCAUCCAGGAGAAACUGGAGUCUAUGGCUGGGGAGGUGACUACUGUCAUGGACCAACAACUGCAGACUCUGUUGGAGUCGAUGGUGGAUGCAGCAGAGUCUCUGUGUCCCCAUGUGAUGAAGAGAAGUAAUCUUCGUCCAGAGCUUAUGAAAACCAGCUCAGCCAAGAUGGUCGUACCCAAAAGCUUUGUCACCAAAACCCUCCUGGAGCAGUCUGGGGUGGAUAUUAUCAACAAGAUCAGUGAGGUGAAGCUGAGUCUAGCGUCCUUCCUGUCCGAUCGCAUUGUCGAUGAGAUUUUGGAGGCUCUUUCCACAUCCCAGCUUACUCUGGCAGACCAUCUGGUGCGGCGAGGUCGCCCUUUGGUGCAGCAGGAGUCGGCGGAUCUGGACGCCCCAGAGGAGAAGAUUCCUAAACGGGCAUCAGCCGAGAUACUGGAGGCUGAGAGGCUGGAGGAUCUAGAGACAUGCAUGACGUUGUGCUGCACCAGUAUGACUCCUAAAUCCAAGCGGAAGAGCAUCCACAGCAGAAUGCUUCGGCCAGUGUCUCGUGCCUUUGAGAUGGAGUUUGACCUGGACAAGGCCCUGGAGGAUGUCCCUAUCCAUGUAGAGGACACUUCAACUUCAUCUCGUACUCCACCUACUCCAUCUCAGGUCCUGCCAAAAUUGGAGCAACGUCCGCCAGGUGUGAUGGUGGAGCUGCCGUCUGAGGAGGAAAAAAAGCUGCAGCACUUCACAAAACUACGACCCCGCCGGAACAAGAAAACACAUUCCAGCAAAGUACCUCAAAUCAACAGUGCUCCAUCUCAGGAUGGGGAGCAGAAUGGCCUCAUGGGAAGGGUGGAUGAGGGUGUGGACGAAUUCUUCUCUACAAAAGUCACCAAGAUGGAUUCUAAACGUUCCCUGAAGAGUUCAGAAUCUCAGGAUGGAGAGAAGAAGAAGAGUAAAGGAGGAUUCCUCAACCUCAUCAAACGUUCCUCCAAAUCAGAUAAAUCGGACAAAUCAGAUAAGUCAGAGAAAAACCAGGCGACCCCUCCAACUUCGGGUACAUCCUCAGCCUCUGCAGCCUCGACGACAGUUUCCACCAUCCCUGAGGAGCCCUCCUCACCUAAGGUGGCAGUAAAGAGCCCAGCACCUGAGCCAAAGUCCAGGGACACCUCCAGCCGCUCGCAGCCCGCAGACUACAGCAGCAGCUCAGACCGCUCAGAGGAGUUGAGGACGCCAGACUCCAUAGACGAGCCCUGGGAGGGUUCGGACGGCAGGGGCAGUCCUCAGGGAGGCAGGCGGUACCCGGGGUUGCAGAUGAUGGGCAGUGGCCUCCUGGCAGAGAUGAAGGCUAAGCAGGAGAGGAGAGCACAUAAGUCUUCCAGCCCCGACAGGCCUGACAGCAAUGCAACAGCCAAGCCCCAGUCCACCGUUUCAGAGAGCAGGUCUCCCAGUGGCUCGAUUAAUAAAUCAGACCCUCAGACUGGUUCUCCAGAGAAGAACCCUCCUCGUGGUGAGACCAAGCCUGAACCGGUCCCUCGUCACAGGGCUACAUCCUCCUCAAGUUCCCCUGGGGGACCAGUAAGUCCGAAACCACCGGUGCCACAGGGAACGAAGCCUGCCCUGGCUGCCCGACCCACCAUCCCACAGAAGCCAAGGACCACCAGUAGCAGCAGGAGCAUAGAUGAGAGCUCAGAUUCCCCCAGCAGUGGCGGUGUGUCUCCUAAGGUCACAGCUCUUCCUCCCACGCUGAAGAGGAUGCUGUCAGAAAAAGACAAAGAGGGCCAGACCAGUCUGCAGUCAGGAGGCUCUGCCAACAAACCCACUCAGGAUGUGAGGGCAGGGUCAGUGUCAGACUCUGUUCAGAGACCAGGCCCACUCCGUGCCAACUCUGACGAUCAUGGCUCCUUCAAGACCAAGGACCAAUCUCCAAACCCAGAUAAGGACAAGGCAGCGGGCAAGAAGUCCUCAGACUCUGGGGAGGAGGCAGACAAAGACUUUAUUGUAAUAUGAGUGAGACAAAUUCACAGCAGAAACCUGAUGAUAAGCCUCACAUGUUUUCCUUUAGAAAAGCAACUAGGGGGGAAUCUAAUCGAUAUGUUUUUGUUUAUAUUAGAGGUUGUACCUGUAGGUCCUGUUUGACCGCAAAGUACAAAUCAUGUUUGGUUUGCAGGAGGACCUGCUGUAGUAUCAGGUAAUACACAGUUUCAAAUUAGUUAAUUUGGUUGUCGAUGAUAAAAUUAUUGAUAUUAACACUUGGGGGAAUGUCCUUGUUCACUUUUUCAGUCACACGUCACUUAGUAAACCAAACUUUGCUAAGUCUCCUAAGAGCUUCCUUCUCACAAACAGCCUUUUGUCGUUUUUUGUUCUUACUCUCUGCUGUCUCUAAAAGAAUAAACUUUUCAGGAUUUGAGGAAAUGGUUCCUGGGGUGAUCAAGCGUAUUCAGCCAAUGAAUAUUGAAACCUGAAUUUCAGUAUAAGUUUGUAAACCACUAAAAAAAGGAGACGCGAUGCUUUCAGAAAACAGCAGACUUUUUGUGCAAAAGAGAGAGACUGUGAAACUAUGAGUGUACAUCUAAAAUCUCUUUCUUUAACUAAUCCAACGUCUUGUUACUAUUUGUUGCAGUAGCUUGUUUCCCAGGGACCAAACACAUGUAACAAUAAUACCAGGAUCACUGUACUGUACUUGAACUCAGACAUACAAACAGACUAGGACCCUAUGGCAUUAUUUUCCUUCAAUAUAUUUGUAUAGAUUUUUCUAUAUGCUAUUUUCAGUAUGUGCAAGCUACUUUUCUCUGGACUUCAGAGGUGGCUGAAUCCAUUAUGCAAUUCCAUCUUUUUAUUUUUCAGGAAAAUAACAGGUUCAGCUGAGAAUCUCAGCCCACCAUAAAUCAGAAACACACAUUUGAUGUAGCUCGCCUAACAGUAAAACUACAAGUCACUGAGAGGAGACUAACUGGACUCUUCACCGAAUGACUGAAGGAUCGCUAUAGACUAUAUCAAACAACCCAACUGGACUUAAGUUUGUUUCUGUGUGAGAGAGUUGGAGUGACCAUAUGAAGUGUUGCUUUGGGAGGACUGUGGUACACUUUAACUUCACUGAUAACCAAUCAAUAAGGCUUCAGCACUGUUAACGAACACUGAUCUCUGUGUUUAGACACUUUGAAAAAAAAACUUUUAUCUUAUGAUACCUUUAACUGCGGAAGUCUUUUAUUACGCUGUUUAUGGGAACAGGAGUAUGUGUCUGUCAUUAAAGUGCAAUACAGAGUGACAUCAUAAACAUUAUAGGCUCGUAUUACUGUAGUGUUAUUUGAUCAAAAAAAUUCAAACUAAACUGCUUCAUUUCUAGCUGGUACCCCUCAGAACAAAUUAUACUAUUAAGCAUUAAACUUAAUAGAGUGGUAUGCCAGUGUUUGUCACACUCAUACAGACUCUGAAUUGCUCUUAAAGACAGACAGAUCCUCACUUCUGAUAACAUACUUAUAUUUAUUAACAUUCCCCUGGUGUGCUGAUGGUCCAGUGAAAGCAAAGAACUUACUUAAAAAGAGGAAUUUCAUAGAUAAUCUGCUUGAAGGUAACAUGGGAGAAAAUGCCAUUUGCUUGCCAUUUCAGUAUUUUGACAAUAACCUCUUCAGUUUGUUCUUUGUGUAAAAGCAGGACACUGAGGGAACUCUAGCCUUCGAACACUUCUCCUCAGCAUCUCCUACAGACUUUACCUUCAGGGCUUUCAAAUUCAGUUCACUUUCACUUCGUUCUGUGCAAGACGAGACACUUCUUCGAAAUUUAACCUAUAAGGAGUUGGCAGUUGUAUUGUCCUUUGUUAAAAAGUAAUUGAGAAUGCAGGUCCUGAAGUGAAAGUGAUCUGAGGGUAGCGGUUUUUUGACCACAUGGACCUCUAGGCUAUUCUGUGUGUAGCAUUUUCAGGACCUGAAUGCUACACAACAACACAGGUCUCAGGCCAAUUCCUCUCAUCUUUGUCUUUUAAGAGCAAGAAAUGCCCCUUUCACACUGCUACACAGUCAGCAAACAGAUUGAUCUUGUGUUCAAAAUCAUUCAUCUUAUCUGAGAUUUUGGGGCAACUUAUAUCUCUAUCUUCCGUUUGUACCGUUUGUAAGCAUUGGAUUGUUUUCUUUGAUAUAAAAUCAUGCAGUUUUACUAAUAUUGCAUAUAUAGGUUGGGAUAGAAAUAUAACCUUUGCACUAGAUUAAUGCUGCACACAUGUCAUAUUGGAGUUACCAUAAAUGACCAGUUUUCAACUUAUAUAUACCAUCAACAUGCAAGUUGAAAUUAUGACAAAAAGUAAACAAAUAUGGAUGCCACACAUCAGUCCAUCAUUCAAGGAAAAUAAACCCAAAUUGAAUGGUUAUAGUGCUCUAUUGUCAAUGCACAGUAUUUUUAGCCCUUAUACAACCAACUUUGCAGUCAUACUUACCAUCUUGAGUUGUCAGAUGACAGAAAUGCACAUAUGUCAUUAACAUGGGAAUCUGUCCCAUCUCUGCCAUAAUCCUAUACGACGUGAACGCAGCAUUAUACCCCAUAAUCACCUGUAUGUGAGAUCUGACUAAUACAUCAUUAUAUUGACAUUAACCACUGUGGAAUUAUUUUAACUUUUGACAAUCUAGUGUGCUCCAACAUUCAUUUUAAAUGUUAAUUAGACCUUGUUAUUUUUGCGCAGUGUGAAAGGGGCACCACUUUAUUUUACUGUACAAGAGUCUAAUUCAAGUCAGGGCCAAAGGUCUUACUGGUGCAUCUUUUCCUAUGGUGUGUAUUGAUGUCUUUUUUAUAGGAUCAUGAUAAGAUUUUGCUUCUUUGUAACUAAUCAUGGUUUGGAAAUAACACUGUUCCUGAUGUAUAUAGUUAAUCUGUCUCUGAUGUCAACAACUACUUUGAUUUUCAGUCUCAGUCUCAAAACUCAAACAUGACUUUUUGUUUGAAAGGUGUUCCAGGACACACACAAAAAUACCACUACUUAAUUGCAAUACAUUUAGAGCAAACACAUGUGGCUGAGUGCUGUAUUCUGUUGACAUUUUUAGCCAUUUUCCUGAUGCAAGGAAAUUAGAUGGUCACCCUUCUUCUUCUUUCACUCUUCUGUGUGGGAUUUCAGAAGCAGCUGGCUGUGUCUCUGUCAAGUUGUAUCCAAGACUGAUGAUGAUUUCCUGUUCAAUCCUGAAAAAUGAGCACCCACCUCAUUUCAGUGGAGAAAGUGAAAAUAACCAGUAGCAUUGAGUCUGGACUCCUGAGUCUACAUGUGUGUGUGACUGCAUGAUGUGGCUGUGAGUUAUACUGUAUGUAUAUAUGUGUUUUCAUACAUGUCGGUGUGUAUGUGUGUAUAUAUAUAUAUAUGUAUGUGUAAUAUACGCACAUGUAAUAUACACACUGUGAUAUAUUCACAUGCCUAUGUGAACACAGCAAAUCCUAUAUUGUUUUGGUACUAAGUACACUACUAUACUAGGGGUUUGUUUGUAACUUAUUUGGAAUAAAAACGCAAACAGUGGCUGGUGAUGUCUUGAUUCUUUUGUUUUUCCUCUCACGUGUACAUUGUGUUCAUAAAUUUAGAAACUAAUUCUUUGGAUGUCUUACUUUGUUAUUAAAUGUAAUCAAUUUAAUGUUACUUUCAUUAUGAUAAAAAAAGAAAUUAUGCAAACAGUGACUGUUUUCCUUGAGCUGGAAAAAAAAUGUAUAAAUAUAAAUGACAUGUUUGCUCAUUAUCAGUCUUGAUACAUUAUUUGUUCCAUUUUGUCAUGGAUGAACAUGUUUCACUAAGUCAUUCUGCUGGUGUUGGAUAUUUCUUCAUGCAAAUAUUAAUAUUGAUUAAAAUAAUUUUACAGGCUUCAAAA